UAAAUCUAAGAGUCCCUCCGUUAACAGAAAUUAAAGAGAGAAGCCAUGGAUUUCCCGCCCAAGAAACCUCCUCUCCUAACUUAUGCAUUCCUCCUACUCUUUUUCAUCUCUUCAUUUCUUCUCAUUCUUGCUCCUUCUUCCUCUCUUAAUCCGCUCCUCUUUUUCCCCUCUACUUUCCAAUGCAAUCGCUCAAAUUCUGUUGAAUCACUCCAGUAUUCUUCUGGUGAUGCACUUGGUUUUGCGUUAGAGAAAGCGGCUAUGGCGAAUAAGACAGUUGUAAUUACUGUCAUAAACAAGGCGUAUGCCGAUCAAGGUGUUAGAGAUGAUACUACAAUGCUUGAUGUGUUUCUUAGUGGUUUUUGGUUGGGAGAAGAUACUCGAAAAUUGCUUGAUCAUCUUCUUCUUGUUGCCGUUGAUCAAACGGCAUAUGAUCGUUGCCGAUUUCAGCGGCUGAAUUGCUUCAAGUUGGAGACGGAAGGAGUUGAUUUCGGUGGAGAGAAGCUAUAUAUGUCUGAGGAAUUCAUCAAAAUGAUGUGGAAAAGAACUUUGUUCCUUCUCGAAGUUCUUAAACGCGGCUACAGUUUCAUUUUCACGGAUACGGAUGUAAUGUGGCUAAGGGAUCCAUUUCCGAAGCUAAGCAAAGAUGAAACAGAAGAUCUUCAAAUUAGCACGGAUCAUUUCAAUGGAAAUCCAUGGUCUCAAUCCAAUCCCAUCAACACCGGCUUCUACUUCGUUCGAUCCAACAACAAAACCAUUGCUCUCUUCGACAAAUGGUAUUCCAUGAAGAACAACACCGCUGGCCAGAAGGAACAGGACGUUCUCUUCAAUCUCAUCCGUGCCGGCAUUUUUCGGCAACUAAAUCUCAAGGUUAGGUUUCUCAACACUCUCUUUUUCAGUGGGUUUUGUCAAAAGAGCAGUGAUUUUCAUCAAGUUUCCACUGUCCAUGCCAAUUGCUGCCGCACCAUCGUCGCUAAGAUCAGCGAUCUGAGGGCUACCCUCGGCGAUUGGAAACGGUUUAGAAAGUCGACGAAUGCGUCCGAGAUUUUCUGGUGGACGGAUCAUGUGGGAUGUAAGAGGUCUUGGAAACAUUGAUGGAGAUUUCCGGCAGAUGUAAAUCGAUUAUUCUUUAGGAUGAUGAUAUAUGAUGUAGAAAUUACCGUUUUAAAUGUUUGAAUUUGUAUGUUUACCUUAUCUGUCGAAGGAGAAGUACAUUGCCUUUUCUAACCACUUUUUAACAAUCGUGGACUCUCAUGUCUAAAGUCAUUUGUAGAAAAGAAAGUACAUUGCCUUUUCUAACCACUUUUUAACAAU